AGAGUCUCCCAUUUGGGAUUACAGCUAUAUUAGGGCAGCAUCUUGUUUGCAGUGCUCUAAAAGGUUGAGAAAAAGGUCAGUUUUCCAAACAAACAGCUUGCAAGUCAUCAUGUCUUAUUCACCUGCUGGUCCAUGGAACUUAAGAAUCAUGUUAUUCUCAGCACUGGCUGCAACUGUUUUCAGUGAUUGUUCAAAGCCUCAGAAUCUUACGCAUGCUGUACUCAAUGAACCUGUUACUUUGGAUUCUUAUGCAGAGGGGACUAAUUUCACAUAUUCCUGUAUACCAGGAUACAUUAAUAUCCCACUCAUAAGUAAUGUCACUUUCUGUCAGAAUGACAGUACAUGGUCAAUAUCUACGGAUGACUUCUGUGGUAAGGUUUCCUGUGGCAUUCCAGAUAUUGUUGACAAUGGAGAGGUUCAAUUCACUGAUGCACUGUUUGAAUCCACUGCAACAUACAAGUGUAAUGAUGGAUAUAUACUGUUUGGGAAUGUCACCAGAUAUUGUUCAGCUGAUGGCAGAUGGAAUGGAACAGUUCCCUCUUGUAACCAAACCUGCCCUGACCCUCCGCAGUUAAAGUUUGCCACAAUUACUAAUACAGUUGAUAGCAUGAAAAAACAUUAUUUUCCAGAGGCAUUUACUAUUUUCUACAAAUGUCUAUCUGGAUAUGAGAAUCAAACUUUGAUGCCAACGUCUAUCACAUGCCAAAGUGAUUACACCUGGUCAGAAAUAAAGGAGUUCUGUGUUAGAGUGUCCUGUGGGUCACCAGGUGAAGUGCAGAAUGGAAACAUCAUAAUGGUGGAUGACAAGUUUCAAUCCAAAGCAACCUUUUCCUGUCAAGAUGGGUAUAUGUUAGUGGGAAAUACAUACAGAGAGUGCAUGGAAGAUGGACGCUGGAGUGGCAGUAAUCCAGAAUGCAAGAGAAGCUGCCCCUUCCCUCCGGUUCCUGUGUCCGCAGAGAUUAUUGAAAUACCUUACAUCAAGUAUUUUCCAGUCGGAUCAUAUAUCAACUACAAGUGUGCCCUGGGAUACAGAUAUGACCCAUUUCUACCUCCAAACAUUCAAUGCCAAGACAGUUUUGUUUGGUCAGAAAUCACACCAUUCUGUUCAAAAGUGACCUGCGGGGAUCCUGAGCAGAUUCGGAAUGGAGAAGUACAAAUAACAGGAAAUGAUUAUGGUUCGAUAGCUGCCUACAGUUGUAAUAAUGGAUAUCAUUUAAUUGGGAACUCACAAAGAAAAUGUACAGCUGAUGGUGUGUGGGAUGGCACCCUGCCUGUGUGCCAAUAAACUCAAGGUUGUUUAAUUGAACACUGAAAAAAAUAUUUGUCUGUGUGGCCCUGAUUUGGAACAAGCUUUA